AUGGCUCUUGUUUCUACUCAUGCACCUACGACCCUCAACCCAUCAAGUAUGGGAGGUCACUAUGCAGAUACCAAUUCCGAAUUCUUGAAUACUGAUGGAACUUUUACCGAAGCUGCCAAAGAUGAAAUUGCCUCCGAAGGAUAUCGAUUACUCGGUGAGAUCGCCAACAGCGCCAGCGAUCCUGAGUCCGAGGACACCACCCAAAUCAUGCGUGAUAGGGUCAGAAGAACGAUUUUCGAUAGAGAGGAUCUCGCCGAAGAUCCAUCUUUGACCUCAAGGCUGAAUUCUUGGGCUUCAAGAGAUUCAGAAGGUGCUUCCAAAGCUACGGCCGCUUAUAACGAGUUGAUGGGAAAGAGAGAUCUCUUCCGAUUAGCUUUACACGGCGUUAUGGGUCCCGCUGAAAAACCUUCUUUGGGUGACGGUCCUUUACCAGGUACUUGGCAAAGUGCCUCUAUUGCUCCUCCAGGCCAUACCGAAUACCCGAGUGACGAGAUGUACACGACUGAACAAGGGAGUAGAGCACUCGUUCCUCGAACUGUCAAGUCCGCCCAAGAGAUCGAAGAUGAACUCGCCACUGGUUAUAACCAAGUUGGCAUUCCCACUCAUCUUCUUCAAGAUCUCAGAAGGAACGGAAAGACACCCCUUCCAAUGGCGUUGACCACUGUCGGUCCAACCUCCGACGAGAAUACCCUUGUUCCCUAUACGGGAGUAGGAGACAUCGUCGAUGGACUUAAUCAAAUUGACGUUCCUACUCGAUUAACUCGCCCUUCCGUUGAAAGCUAUUCCGCUCCUAGAACAGCUGUUCGAAGAGAGUAUAACGGACAGAAUGUACCCACAGCGUUAUCGAGGAUCGGUCAAAUGUGGCAAUCGAUGGUCUCUCAGAUGGAUCAAGAUCGAUCCGAAGCCAUCGAAUGGAGACAAGAUCAUCCUGAUGGAGGUAUGACCGAAGGCGGUGAUGCUGAAGAAGUCACUGAUGAUGGUGUCAGAACUCAAGUUAGCUACAGGACCGGACGAUUCAGAAACGGCUCUUUCUCUUCUUACACUUCCAUCUCUACUUCUGGUGGACCAGCCGGGGCUUUGCCUCAAGGUAUGAGCCCCAUGAUGAGAAGUACUCUCCCUUCGUAA